ACAGGUUUCCUCGCGAUGUUUUCCUUCACCGUUUAAAGCAAGUCGAACUUACAUCGUCUAAAUAUUGAGGUCGUCACUCGAGGGAGCCAUCGAAUCGUUGUUGAGAAAAGAGAGCAGAAUGAGAAAACUACCUCAAGGACUUAAGCUUGGUGUUGCUACAGCAUCAUUCCAAAUAGAAGGUGCAUGGAAUACUGCUGAUAAAACGCCUCACAUUUGGGACACUAUGUGCCACGAUCAUCCUGAAUAUAUAAAGGAUAAGACAAACGCAGACGAUGCGUGCAAAUCCUUUGAAUUCUACGAACGGGACAUUGAAAUGCUGAAAUUCCUUGGAGUGGAAUUUUACAGAUUUUCCAUAUCCUGGCCAAGGAUAUUACCAACCGGUUAUGCGAAUAAGAUAAGUGAAACAGGGUAUCAGUACUAUAACAACCUCAUAAACAAAUUGCUCGCUAACAACAUUGAGCCUGUCGUCACUAUCUACCAUUGGGAUCUACCACAGAAUCUUCAAGACUUAGGAGGAUGGGCCAAUCCUCUAAUAGUUGACUGGUUUGGUGAUUAUGCAAAAGUUUUGUAUAAGUUGUUCGGUGAUCGAGUCAAAUCAUGGAUCACAAUCAAUGAACCAAAGCAAUUCGGGGUGUUUGGAUACGGAAUGGAGAGAUUCGCUCCCAGAAUCAACGCUGCUGGUAUUGGAGAAUAUUUAGCGACGAAGAAUAUUGUUCUUGCUCAUGCGAGGGCCUGGCAUAUUUAUGACGAGGAAUUCAGGAACACGCAAAAAGGUGAAUGUGGCAUAACAAUAGCCACGGACUUCCGUGGCGCAGUUUCAGAUUCUCCAGAAGACAUUGAAGCUGGUCUGGACGCUAUAGAAUUCGAGGUCGGAUUGCACAGCCAUCCCAUAUUCUCGUCAAAAGGCGGGUUCCCAGAUCGUGUUGUAAGGCGAGUUGCUGCCAAAAGUGCUGAACAGGGCUUCCCAAGGAGUAGAUUGCCAGAAUUUACAGCAGAAGAAAUUGAGUAUGCCAAAGGUACCAGCGACUUCUAUGGCUUCAACCACUACUCCACAAGAUACUAUACUCGUUCUACGUACACGCCUGGAUCGCAACCAAUACCUUCGUAUGCUGAUGAUCUUGGUGCAGAUUUCAACUAUCUGGACUAUGAGCCGGGCCUUCUACCUCAUGUUACUGUAAUACCACCUGGUAUACGAAAAGCUUUAAAAUGGGUGAAAGACAAUUGCAACAAUCCACCUAUAUUUAUAACAGAAAACGGUUUUGGGACAAUCGGAGGCGGGCUGAGAGACCCUGAAAGGAUAUCCUACUACAGGAAAUACCUAGAUAAUAUUCUGGACGCAAUAGAGGAAGAUGGGUGUAAUGUUGUCAAAUAUACGGCGUGGAGUCUGAUGGACAAUUUUGAAUGGGACAGUGGUUUAAGUGCCAAAUUCGGGCUCUUCCAAGUGGAUUUUGAUGACGAGAACAAGAAAAGAACAGCGCGGACAUCCGCGUUGUGGUACAAGAACCUAAUUGCUACGAGAACUUUGGAUAGCAAUAAGACGAGUAUCCCAGAGUUGGAAGAACAUGUUUUUUGAAAUUUAUUUUGCAGAGUUGUCGUUUCAAAAGGUCAACAAUACAGUGGAGACUCGAUUAAUCUGACUAAUUGUUGUCGUAAGGCAUUCGGAUAAUUGAAUGUAUGAGGAUAAGCGAUUUUUGUAC